AUGGUGUCCUUUAUGGCUAUUUUAGUGUUUGCCCAGUGCCCACGUGUAUUUUUGAAGCUAUCAACGUGUCUCACAUCAACUCCACCUGUAGCUUCAAGAUAUUAUAAUAUCUUGACUACUAUAGUACUACAUGAAAUUUUAUGGUCAACUGAAUUGGCAUCUUAAAAAUAUAAAUAAAUAUUACGACAAAAUUCUGAACUUUGUGUACAAGCAAGCUAUGUCACCUAUUCCUAGGGUCGAGAAAAAAUAAUGUAAAACGGUCCUAAACGCGCAUGACAAAUACUUUCGUGUCACCCUGGCUUUUAAAUCGAGCGCACCCUUAGCUUGCCCACUUUGGCCGUUGGAUGCUUGCGCGUUGAAAAGGGCGGAGAUUCCGUGGGCAUAUGAAAGAGUUAUUUCUAUCAGCCGCGGGACAGCACCAAUAUUCAGUGAAUAUUAUUCACGUUUGAUUGUUGCUUUGCAACAUCAAAUGACUGUUGCAGGCAUGGGUCACCUCUUGUCCUACCGCAAUUGCCUCCUGCUGCUCUGCAUCUUUUCCAACUGGAUACCAGCAACCACCGGGCUCUUUGAAUGGCUGAGGCAGACUGAGCAUCCUCCAGCAGAAACAGCGCCUCCUCCUCCAUCUGCAGAUGCCAUUCUAGCAAAGGAAGCACAGUUUGAAAUGUCAACCGCUGAUGAGAGGUUCCUGUCUGAGGCCAAGCAGAUGGAGCUCAGUCCUCUAGACAGCUGCCACCACAAGGUGGUUGCUCAGUUAAAAGUGAGCUGUGAAGGUCUCUCAGAAGAGGAACUGGCGAAACUGGGUGUCACAUUGUUCAACUGCCAGGCACAGAUUGAAGGGCGCACAACGUAUCCAUGUACACAACACAUGAGCAUAAAGGAAUGCACAGCAGCGAUGGACCCGGACACGUGGAACGCCUAUCACAUUGUGAGCAACAGGGCUCGCGCCGUGUGCUACGCGAGUCGCCAGCAACUCUUUCGGCUCAGGGCAGAGCACACCAUAAACAUGCUCAUCUCCACAGCUGCCAGCCAACUAGCUGCAAUGGAAGACCUCAAGGAUGGCCAAUUGGAGCUAAGAGAGCUGACUGCAGCGUCACUGGACCGGCUCCUGAAGGGCCACGGUGAGCUCCAGACUCAGCAGGUCAAGCUGCAUAAAGGCCAGAGUCAAAUGCAAAGUGACCUGAGAGACAACCUGCAGCGUCUGGCUCAGGAGAAAGCCCUCAUUGCCUCAGGACAAGAACUGGUGGCCCGGCUCAUCCGGGAAAUUACCGAUCGAAUGGCGCUUGUUCGUGAGAAUGUGCAGAUGCAAGGCUCCCAAGUGCAGGACAGACACAGAGCCGUCGUUCAAGAUCUGGAGCACGUCAGACACCAAGCUCAGGACAUUCAGCAAAAACUAGACGACAGCGUGUCAGAAUUUGUCCAGUACCGAGAGCGGACUUUGCGCUACUACGCCGAUGUCAUGAGCAAACUGGAAAGGACGAACAUCAGUCUGGGUGUGGUGCUGCGCUUCUUGGACGAAACGCGGGGCCACAUAGAACAACGGCUCGACACCAUUCGAGGUUACCUCGAUUGGGCAGGUGAGUUACACUUGCUGAUCAGGUCGUCUCCCCUUCUCGAAGUGGCAUUUGUUGCCUUUCCAGGUUUCAGUGUCACCGCCAUGUGGACGUGCGUCACACACGCCGGCUAUUUCCUGCUGUUUGCUGUCCUCCAGUCGUUCCUGUGUUGUCCGGUCUUCUCUCGGGCCGCGUUGCUGCUUACUGUGCCCUUGAACGCAGCGGCUGAGGUCAACGGGCAGCCAGCGCUGGAUCCGGCGAGUCUUGGCUUCCUGAUGGUCAUGCUUUGGCUUGGACACUGGUUUGUCAGCCAGUUACGGGUUCAAUUUCCGAGCAGAGGCAGAGCGUCUGCUGCAUUCCCAUUUGAAACGGUGGAGCCACGAGGAUCCUGCGACACAUACCCGCAAUCCUCAACACCACACAAGAAAGAGUACUGUUGCAGUGGACAGAACCAGCUGCUGAAGCAAGAAACCGGUGAUCUUGCUGCAGCUGCGGGAUCUUCCCACAGGAAACUGGCAGCAAGUGGACCAGCGCAUCACUGCCUUCCUCCUUUUCUAGCCCACCCUGUUCUUUCAGCAGGUUUGAUUGACGAUAUUCCUUGCAGAAAGCCUUUUGACUCUUUGAAUGACUCUCACUUGACGAAUGACUCAAGAAGCGCAUCUCCCUUGCCAUCAAUGAGCACCAGCUCUCUAUUAGGGCGUCCGUUCUGCAAGUCGAUCACCAAAGCAAGGAAGGUGUGCAAAAAGAGAGCGGUGUUUGGACAAGAUUACUGCAGAAUCCAUCAAGACAAACUCGACUUCUCUUCACUCAUCAACUAAAAUGUGACUUUGAAAUUUGUACGUUUAUGUAUAGCUUACUUUUUAACCCCCUUCCAGGCACUAACUGUCCUUUUUAAACAAUUUGUAAUAAAUUGAAAUUGCAAAA